GAAGUGUCUUGGGUUUAAAUGGCUUCCACCUUCAAAUGUCACUAAAGAUCGAAUAACUUAAGUUGCAACCUAAACAAGAAGUUACGCACACAUCCGGAUGUACGUAGGGUUGUAUCUUGACACUUGACACUUGUGAUCGGUUAGAAAGUAGCCGCUUAGCUUUAUUUGUAGUUAUUAGCAGACAGCGAGGUUUGGUGUCAGUGCGUGCAGAAUUUAUUAGUCAAUGAACGAUAUUCAGGUGGAAGUUGAAAAGGUGUUCCGGGGCCCCUGGUAAGUCUACACUGGGUGGUGUUUCGCUGCGUUUAUCGAACACUUGACCAGCUAGUUAGCUCGGUUGAGCUAAGUGCUAACGUUAGCUGGUCAGUUCCAUCAUGGGCGCCGAACAAAGCGGAGGGGAUGCGGAGCACAAACACUCUGACUACAGCUCGUCGGUGGUUCCUUCACCCGCCAAACAGAAGGCAAAGAUGGACGAUAUUGUUGUGGUGGCUCAGGGAACACCGUCCAUGAGGAACAUUCACAGUGACCCCGAUGUCAUCAAACUCCAAGAGAUCCCUACCUUCCAGCCCCUCUUAAAAGGAGUGCUAAGUGGCCAGACGUCCCCUAGCAGUGUGUGUCUGGAGAGACUGGAUCCGGCGCAGGUUCUCCAGCUGUGCACCCGCUACCAGGACCACUUGCACCAGUGCGCCGAAGCCGUCGCCUUCGAUCAGAACGCCUUAGUAAAACGCAUCAAAGAGAUGGACCUCUCGGUGGAUACCUUAUUCAGCAUCAUGCAAGAGCGUCAGAAACGCUAUGCCAAGUACGCGGAGCAGAUCCAGAAGGUCAAUGAGAUGUCCAUGAUCCUGCGCCGCAUCCAGAUGGGCAUUGACCAGACGGUGCCACUGAUGGAACGCCUCAACAACAUGCUGCCGGAGAGCGAGCGCCUGGAGCCCUUCAGUAUGAGGCCUGAUGCAGAGCCUGGCACCAAGUAAGAAACUUGCCGAGAAGUCCUGAAAUCUAAGGUGAGGGCCGCUUUUGUCUGUUCUUUUCUGCUUUGUAUACGGACGGGGCUCCUACUGGGAUGAAUCUUCAUCUUGGAAGUACAAGACAUGAAUGUGAAUGAGCUCUGAAUACUGAGAAACUGGAACUCUGUGGAUUCGAAAGCUGUUGAAACAUGCACAAGUCAAGCAAAUGAUGUGGCCCUGCACGGGCUGCCAGUGUUUGACUUAAGAAUAAUGGAAGGCACUUGGACAAACAUGACUUUAAUUUAUUUGCUCUUUGUCAAUGUUUUGAUAUGACCACUGCAAACCCGAUAAUUAUCUUUUAUGAAACCUUUUCGGACAAAACAUCCGCACUACAACUAAUAUUACUCGGAUUUAGUUAGCUUGCGCUUCAACAUGCGUGACGUGCUAAUAUUUAGCCGCACCGCUGUCACAUUAUAAAUGUCAAAGAUUAUGUGGAAAAGUUGCAUUUCAAAAAUAAAACUGCCAGAGGAAGUGUCACUAA